AUGUACAGCAAGCUCCGCUCGUUUGACGGGUGUUGGACCUGCCGAGUCCGACGCAAGAAGUGCGCCGAAAAUCGCCCCGUCUGUGACACUUGCCAAGCACUAAAUAUUACAUGUUAUUACGAAGAGGAAAAACCACCAUGGAUGGACGGUGGGGUGAGGCAGACGAAAAUGAUGGAAGAGAUAAAAGCACAGGUAAAGCGUUCCGCCUCCCAGAAGCGUGAGCGCAAGCAUCUCGAGAUACGUCAGACCGAGGCCAACAAUCUUGGCAAUAUCGAUACGGAGUCUUUUGCUACGGACGCCAUAGAUAAAACAGAUACACGUACAGACUUCGAUCCUUCUCUUGGACACCACGGCGUUGGCUUCACCUCUGAAUUUAGCAACGAUAGUAGCUUGGUGCUGCAGGAUUCGCCUAUGCAAAACAAGACGCCAAUCGGUCAAGGGGGGGCUGAUAAAGAGUUACAUCUGCUUAUGAUAUACCUCGAUUAUGUCUUCCCAUACCUCUUUCCGCAUUACCGACCAUCGAUUCUCGCGGGCGGCCGAGGGUGGAUAUUGGAAAUAUUGCACACCAAUAAAGCUGUGUACCAUAGCGCGGUUUCCUUGUCAACUUCGUUCUAUGCUAUUGUUCUUAACAAUGGCGAUAAAGCCCACGAUGAAUGCACAAUGCAAAUGAUACACAAAUUUGAGAGCCAGAUAGAGCUUGGUCUCAAAGAGUUGCACAAGGAAGUAAAUUAUAUCAACACCAACGCUCCAGGCUUUGACAUGAAGAAAGGGCUUGUGGUUAUGCAGAGCAUUCUUCAAAUGCUUCUUUUUGAAGUGGCGACAUCUAACAAGGACAAUUGGAAGUUGCAUCUCAAUGCAGCCAUUGCAGUUUUCUUGCGGAUUCUCCCCGAUCCAAAGGAGUGGAACAAGACACUGAACAGCUUGUAUACCCAUACCCACAAAUGGCCGCCUCCGGAGUUUGGGUUAAGGCGACCGUGGACCACAAACCAAGCGGCGCUGCGAUUCUUUACAGCCACAAUUCUAUACAUCGACAUCUUAUCGAGUGUCACCUUGGGCAAUGCGCCACAACUUGCCAGUUACCAUGCAGAUAUUGUCCCAGAAUGCCUAUCUUAUGAGAAGAGCUUUGAGGCAAUUCAAGCUGGCUAUCUGUGCUUUGACGAGUUCUUUGGAUUACGAAACUGGAUUGUGCAGGUCCUAAGUGAUGUAGCAUCUCUGGAAGAUUGGAAGCGCAUUCAAAAGAGGAGCAGUUCAUUGCAGGUCAGCGAACUUGAGUCUCGUGGUAAAGUCCUAUCGGAUCGGCAAUACAUUGCUCGGGAUGUCGCCACACUCCAACUUGUCGAUCCUGGGCCUGACGCAAAUGCGAGCGAGCAGUCCAAGCACGAAAUGGUAUGGUUGCUUGCUACGCUGAGCUACUUGAACGUAGUCAUAUUGGGGUGGCAGCCUUCCAACCAAGAAAUUCGUUGGUCAGUUGCGAAGGCAACGGACCUACUUUGUCAGGUUCCAAAAGGGCCUGGUAUACGGGCAUUGGCAUGGCCAAUGUGCAUAUCUGGCUGCUUGUCCCUGCCUGAAGAUGAGGCCAUUUAUAGAGCAUUAGUGCGUCGGCUGGGGCCUUUGGAGAUGUUUGGGACUAUGAAGGAAGCUUUGUUAGUCAUGGAAACCGUAUGGUCGAUGCGGGCUGAAAUUGAUGAAUCUUGGGAUGUAACAAAAUGUAUGAAUGUUCUAGGAUAUAGUGUGUUGCUGAUAUAA